AUGGAUUCCGCAAGUCUUUUCAAUGUCAAGGGCAAAGUGGUGCUGGUCACUGGAGGUGCUAAAGGCGUCGGUCGUAUGAUCUCAGAGGGAUAUGUAACAAACGGGGCCACCGUCUAUAUCUCUUCCCGUGAUGCAAAGGCAUGCGAUCAAGCAGUCAAGGAGCUCAACGCUCUGGGCAAGGGCAAAGCCUACGCCAUUCCGGCCAAUUUCUAUAAACUCGAGGACGUGAAGAAGCUGGCCGAGGAGAUCGGCAAGCGUGAAGGCAAGCUCCACGUCCUCGUCAACAACUCCGGAUCGAACUGGGGCGCUCCCUACGAUGAAUACCCCUCCGAGGCCUUCACACGAGUACUUACCCUCAACCUACACCGGGUCUUCGACCUGACCCAGCUUGUCACACCUCUCCUGGAAAAGGCGGCUACACCAGAGGAUCCUUCUCGCAUUAUCAAUAUCGGUAGUAUUGAUGGGCUCCGUGUUCCCUCGCUCGAGACAUUCGCAUACAGUUCCAGUAAGGCCGGUUUGCACCACUUGAGCAGGGUUCUUGCCAACCAUCUGGGCAAGCGAAACGUUACCUCUAAUACCCUGGCCUGUGGUCCCUUCGAAAGCAAGAUGAUGGCUGCUACCUUGCAGUCGUUCGGCGAUAGUAUCAGGGCUGGCGUACCUUUGGGUCGCAUUGGAACCCCACAGGAUGUGGCCGGGGCUUGCUUGUUCUUGAGUAGCCGUGCCGGUGCGUUUGUGAACGGCGCGACUAUCACGGUCGACGGCGGAAGUGCAAUCUCUGCCAAGCUAUGA